AUGGGAGGACAUAUAAUCUGGAGUCAGUGGGCGCGCGUGAUUGCUAUAGUCGCUGCAACCUUUCAAGUCCUUGGUGGUGUUUUUGGCCUCUUCUACCGACACAGCGUGUUCGUUAGUCUUCCAUCAGUCGAAAAAGUCGUCCUAAACCCCGUCAAUUUUCUUGCGAUAAUAUGUAUAAUUACUGGCUUUGCAGUGCUGGUCAUGGAAUUCUUUGUCAAAAGAUACUUUGUUGCUCGAGCGGUUUUAUACAUACUCAUUGCGGGAGUAUCAGUGCUAAAUUAUCAAAACACAAAUCCAGCGUUAUACCUACUUAUCAGUGCUGUGAUGUAUAUAGCUGCAGAAUUCAAUUCAGAAAACGUAGCGACGGGAACAAAUGAAAAAGGGAAGGGGAACAUGUCGGAUGAUGAAAAGACGGCGACUGGUACGCCGGAUUAUGUAUAA